CGGAAAUAAAUAGAAAAUGUCAAAUUCAAGACGAAAGGAGCCUCUGCUGUAUAUGGAGGAAUACAGAGUCAAACAGGACCCUCAGGAUUAUGGCCUGGCCGACGAGGUGUUCAACAUGGAAGUGUUUAAAAGCAAGCUCCAAAUAGCUAUCGUUAGGAAUGACGAGGAUGGACUGGAGUUCGAUCUGAUCGGCGUUUACCCAGCCAUUGCCAACGCCUUCCGGCGCCUGAUGCUCAGCGAUGUCCCCAGCAUGGCGAUUGAAAAGGUCUACAUAUAUAAUAACACUUCGAUCAUUCAGGAUGAGGUGCUGGCACAUCGAAUGGGAUUACUUCCACUCCGGGCCGAUCCCCGCCUAUUCGCUUACCGUACGGAGGAGAGUACCGAGACUGGAACAGAGCAAGACACCCUGGAAUUUGAGCUAAAGGUCAAGUGCACGCGGCGCAAAGAUGCAGGAAAAGAUCAAUCCAACUUUGAUGACAUCUACAAGAACCAUAAGGUUUACUCCGGACACCUAAAGUGGCUGCCAAAGGGCAAGCAGGCACAGAUAUACACCGAGACGGGGGUCGGCUGCAUUCACGAUGACAUACUUAUUGCUCAGCUGCGACCGGGCCACGAGUUGGAUCUCCGCCUCGUAGCGGUUAAGGGCCUUGGUCGGGAUCAUGCCAAGUUUUCGCCAGUUGCCACAGCGACAUACCGCUUAUUACCGCAAAUUAAACUCAACCGCGAAGUCUCUGGCAAGGAUGCUUAUUUGUUGCAGAGCUGCUUUUCGCCAGGAGUGAUUGGCAUUGACGAGAACGAGUGCGCUUACGUAAAGGAUGCACGCUACGACAGCUGCAGCCGCAACGUAUACCGAUACCCGCAAAUAAACGACUCUGUGACCUUGGCCCGCGUUCGAGACCACUACAUCUUCACCGUGGAGUCGGUGGGAGCCCUUAAACCUGAGGUUAUCUUCCUGGAGGCCGUCAAAGUGUUGAAAAAGAAGUGCCGAUCGUUUAUUGACGAAAUAGAAGCAGAGUAGAUUUUUAUUUAGAACAUAAAAAGAUAAUGUAAAUAAGACAACAAAUGAUAUAUACAGUAAGAUUAAAAGGAUCGUUUUCCUUCU